CACAGCCGGCUGGUGAAAGGAAACUCCGGAUUGCUCGAAAAGGGUGAAGCUGUUCGAACAAUGCAAGGCCACGAGAAUAACGGCUUCCAGGCGGACAGUCCCUCGAUACCGGGCCAGUUCCGGUGGAGCACGGUCAUCGAGAAUGGCGUCAUGGUGGACGGUCCGAAGCAGCGACGAAAUUCCCGCGGCACCGAUUCGGUGACCAACAACAGCUCGACCACGACGUUGGACCUGCGGGGGACGGAACCGGACGGGGAGUCUGCGGAAGGGAGCCCAGGGCGUGACCAGUGGGGCAAGGGUAUCGAGUUCCUGAUGUCCUGCAUUGCGAUGUCCGUAGGGCUCGGCAAUGUGUGGCGGUUUCCGUUUAUUGCGCUGGAAAACGGAGGGGGAGCGUUCGUGAUUCCGUACAUUAUCGUGCUGCUGCUGGUGGGCAAGCCCGUGUACUACAUGGAGAUGAUCAUCGGGCAGUUUUCGAGCAGGGGAAGCGUCAAGGUGUACGAUUGCGUGCCGGCGUUGAGAGGCAUCGGUUACGGCCAGGUCCUCUCGAUCGCGAUCGUGUCCACGUACUACGCCUCGCUGAUGGCCACCACGCUCAAGUAUCUGUUUGAGUCGUUUCAAAAGAUCCUUCCGUGGGCCACCUGCGACGAACGGUGGGCCGGGUUCUGCAUCCCAUCGGGCGGAGCUGGUUCCUCCGCUGCCGGCGGUGAUGCUUUGAACUCCACGAUUACGGCCGCGGCGCUGAGCGCCUCAAAUGCGACGUCCGCCGUGAUGAGUUCCUCGGCCGAGUUGUACUAUAGACGGGUCGUCCUCAAGGAGCUCGACAACAUCGACGACGGCAUCGGCCUCCCAGACUGGCAGCUAACCCUGUUCCUCUGCCUGUCAUGGUCCAUCGUGCUCCUCGUUCUUAUCAGAGGUGUAAAAAGUGCCGGCAAGGCCUCCUACUUCCUAGCCCUGUUCCCGUACCUGGUCAUCACGAUCCUGCUGGUUCGUGCCUGUACCCUGCCGGGGGCCAUCAACGGUAUCAUAUACUUCCUGAAGCCCCAGUGGGACAAGAUUCUGGAUCCGAAAGUCUGGUACGCCGCCGUCACGCAGUGCUUCUUCUCCCUCUCGAUCUGCUUCGGCAACAUCAUCAUGUACUCGUCGUACAACAAGUUCCGCCACAAUGUCCACCGGGACGCGACGAUCGUGACGACGAUCGACACCUUUACCUCGCUGCUGGCCGGGUGUACCAUCUUUGGGAUUCUGGGCCACCUGGCGCACGUGGUCGGAAGUGACGACGUUGGUUCGGUGGUGAAGCCGGGAGCGGGGUUGGCGUUCAUCUCGUAUCCGGAGGCGAUCGCCAAGUUUGACGUGGUUCCGCAGGCGUUUUCGGUGCUGUUUUUCCUGAUGUUGUUUGUGCUGGGGAUCGGGAGUAACGUGGCCAUGACUUCGUGUGUGAUGACCGUCAUCAGGGAUCAGUUCCCGAAGGUGAAGAACUGGCAGGCGGCUACGGUGAUUGCGAUUUGUGGAGUUGCGCUGGGGUGUAUCUACGUGACGCCGGGUGGUCAGUACAUCCUGACGCUGGUGGAUCACUUUGGCGCUUCCUUCAUUGCGCUGGUGCUGGCCAUCGCCGAGCUAAUUGCGAUCGGCUGGAUCUACGGCGUGGAUCGGCUCUGCAAGGAUGUGGAGUUUAUGCUCGGCCAUCGGCCCAACCUUUACUGGCGACUUUGCUGGCGCUGGGUUACGCCACUGCUGAUGACUGCGAUUUUGAUCUACAAUCUGGUGACGCUGCAACCGUUGACGUAUCAAGGUUACGUGUACCCGACGAUUGCUUAUGAUCUUGGUUGGUGCAUAGCUGCACUUGGCUUACUUCAGCUGCCAAUCUGGGGCAUCUACGCAAUUUACAAACAGGAAGGAAAAACGCUUUCAGAGAAAGUGAUGAACGCCUUCCGACCAACCCGGAACUGGGGUCCGAUCGAUCCCACCCUCAACCAAGAGUACAAAAAGUUCAUCCAUCAGGAGUGAUCGAUCGAUCUUCACAUGUUCCAACCAACAAACCGGUGCAAUAUUCCGCUGCCAGAAACUUUAUACAAUAAAAAGACAA